AUGCCAAUGACUGCUGCAAGUAUGUUUUGGCUAGAUACUCUUCGAGAUUAUAAAACUGAUCAUUCGUUACCGUUACCAUUUGAUCGAUAUCGUCUAUCUGAUGAAUAUCGAACUGGUCGUGAAAUGUCUGUCUCAUUCGAUUUUGGUGAAGAUCUUUCACAUGUUUUUCUCGCUUAUUCAUCAUCAAAUAGCAUAACAGCUCUACAACUAGCACUUGCUUGUUAUUAUGCAUUCUUGUUCAAAUUGACUAAUGGAGAAAAGGAUUUAUGUAUUGGAAUGAACACACAUGGAAGAUAUAAAGAAGAAUUGAUGUCAGUGAUUGGAAUGUUUGUCAAUACUAUUCCUUUGCGAUGUCAACUAGAUCCUCAUUGGUCUUUUCAUCAGCUAGUUGAGCAUGUUAAAGAGAUAAUUACAAAUACUUUAAAAUAUUCUUAUUUUCCUCUUCAACGAAUCCUCUCUCAACAUCCAAAUGCUACCAAACCUGCAUUUAUUGAGACAUCAUUCGAAUUUCAGUCAUUUAAAAGUAAAAGUGAUAAGAAAGAAAUGAUGAUUGGAAAUGCUCGAAUUAUUGCUGCGCCGAUUUCAAAAAAUAUUGGGGAAGAUGGAAUAAUGAGCAACUUUGAUUUCACUCUUACUAUUCAACAUGAUUUGGAUAUUGAUCAACUUUCAUGCACAAUCAAUGCAUCACUUGACUUGUUUGAUAGAAAAACAAUUGAUAUAAUUACUCAACGAUUUCACUCAAUGUUAGAACAAUUAUUUAACGUAACAGAUAUUCAGAUGAAGAAGCCAAUUUAUGAGUUCUCAUUAAUAUUACCAAAUGAAAAAUUUUUUACGAAAUCAAUGAAUAAUACACAAUAUCUAAAUUUUUUAGGUGAAGUUUUACCAGUAAAAUUAGCCAAAUUAAUGCGAAGUAUGGUAACAUCAACAUGUCGAGUAUGGAAUUUGUAUGGACCAGCUGAAAUAACUAUUGAUUGUACAUCUCACGUUGUUGAUAUUACGUCCGAUACGAAGAGCAUUCCAAUUGAACGUACAUUACCGAAUUAUCGAUGUUUGAUUUUGGAUAGUUGGUUACAGUGUAUUGUCAUCCCACAAGAAGGUGAAUUAUAUGUUGGGGGUGUAGGCGUCUUUAUUGGUUAUCUGGGACGUGAUGAUUUGACAGCAAGAGCACUUCUAUUGAUAGAUGGCGAAGUAUUUUAUCGAACAGGUGAUCUUGUUCGAAUGGAUAACAAUGGUCUUCUUCGUUAUCAAGGAAGAAAAGAUUAUCAAAUCAAGUUACAUGGACAACGUAUUGAACUUGGAGAAAUCGAACAAUGUUUACUUGAGACCUCCAUCUCUACUUGUGUUGUCAUCAAAUGGGGUGAUGAUCAUUUGGUCGCUUAUGUUCAAAGCACUGAUAUUAAUGUAGAAGAACUGCGUAAACAUUGUCAAUCUCAUCUUCCACCUCAUAUGAUUCCAUCGAUAUUUGUUGUUUUGGAGAAACUUCCUAUAAAUGCAAAUGGAAAAAUAGAUCGAAAGCUUCUUCCAGCAUCUCAAUUUUCGUCGUUGACGAAUAUCGAUCAAACUGAUGUAAUUCUAUUGACACCGCUGGAAGAACAUCUAAAAUGCAUAUUUAGUAAGGCAUUUCAUAAUGAAUCACCAAAUGUAAAUAUGUCAUUUGGACAAUUGGGUGGUACAUCACUUGAUGCUAUACGAGCACUUGUACUCAUUCGACAAGAAAUAUGUACAAAGUAUUUAUUAGGUACACCAUUUUAUAAUUCUUAUCUUCGAUUAUGUGGUGCCAAAAUUGGAUAUCAUACACAUAUUUACACUACACUAAUCGAGGCUCCUUGGUUGCUUGAAGUGGGAGAAUCAUCAUUUAUUGGCGAAGAAGUUGUACUUUCAAGACCUAUCACAUCAGGAUACUAUCCAAUCAAUUCUUACUAUUACUUACAUAAAUUGUGGUUACGUCAAUUGAUUAUAACAUCAUUUCAUCAAGCGUUAGAUUUUCUACCACCAUUCGAUGUUCUUUCAUCUGUCCUAUUACGAUGGUUAGGAGCACGUAUCGAAGAUGAUGUCAAAAUCCUUAACUUUCAUCAAAUAUUACGUUUUCCAUCAAACCUUCUUAACAUUGAACGUGGUGUGACAACAUUUGGUGGAGCUAAACUUGUCUCAUUCAAAAUGACGAAAGAAGGUCUUUGUUAUCUUGAUGAAAUACAUCUUGGCUCACAUACAAAUCUUGGCGGCGGCUGUACAAUUAUGCCAGCGACAAAACUUCCUUCCAAAACAAUCGUUGGAAGUUUAACUUUGGUUACACAAAAAACAGUUAAUACACAAAGAACACAAUUUCUUGUUUUUCUUUUUCGUGUGCUUGGUGCUCAAAUCGGAUCUGAUGUUAUUCUGCCUGAUAUUAGUUGUCUCACUGAUCUUCAUCUUGUUAAUAUUGGUAAUCAUGUUCGUCUCAGCAAGAGUGCUGUCAUCCAACCUCAUACAUUCGAACAGCGUAUAUAUAAAUUGGCACCAAUUACUGUAAACCAUUCUAGUGUUCUGAUGAGUAAUACGUUAGUACUUUCUGGAGCAAGACUUCAAGGACAAAAUCGUAUCUUACCAUGGACACUUGUGAUGAAGGACGAUCAACUACCACCUAACACAAACUGGUCUGGUGUACCUGCUAAACAAGUCAUCUAA